AUGUUGCCGGCGUUUGUCGCAAGGCUCAUAAUAACUGUUUUCGGAGUUAUGCAUCCGGCCUAUAGGACAUAUAAAGCCAUUAAAAGAAAAGAUUAUCAGGAAGUGGUAACACUUGGAAUGUACUGGGUAGUUUUCAGCAUGUACAUUACAGUGGAGAUAGUCACUGAUAUUCUCCUCCAGUGGUUCCCAUUCUACUACGAAGCUAAGACUUUGUUUCUUAUGUGGUUAGUUACACCAGCCACAUCAGGAUAUAGUUUCAUUUACCGGAAGAUUAUUCAUCCUGAACUCACCAAGAGGGAAAAUGAAAUUGACGAAGCGAUUAAUAGAGCAAAAGAAAAAGGGUACUCAAAAGUCGUAGAGUUUGGUGCAAAAGGGUUAAAUUAUGCUGCUAAAGCUGUCCUCUCUGGUGCUAUGCUGGGUCAAGACUUUUUGGUUGAUCGUCUUGGAAGACGAAGUUCAAGUAUGUUCGAGCUUAAUCGUCCAUCACAGAUGGGGCGUCUAAGAUUGGGUGCUGGUGACAUGCUAGAUUAUAAUGAGCCAGAUUUUGCCAACACUUUUCGAGGGAGAACAAAUCCAGAGGAUGACCCAUUUGCACUUAACUGGCUUCAAAUGGGAUCAACAGGGUCACUAGGGCGACAUUGGAGACCGGGUUCUAAAGGUCUAAGUAAUGUACCUGAGGAUUCAGAACAUUUCAUGGAAGAGUCUCAGUCGGUUUCAUCCAACCGGUCGGGUUCGACAAGACGUACAAAUGUUGCUCAGGAAUCUACGCCACGUCGUAUAUCAACACGUCGUACUGCCCGGCCUCAAUCAAUUCCACAGUCAAUCAAAACAAGUGAAUCAAACAAUUGA